GGGGGAAGGCGGCUUCCGGCGGGAGGAUGCGGGGGGCGGCGGGGCGCCGCUAGCUGGCCGCUACGAAGAUGUUGGUGUACUUCUGGGGGUUCCUGUACAGCAACUACGUUCGGUUUUGGCUGAAGUGGAUCUUGCGGCUGCUGACUCGGAAAUGCGAAUUGCAGCGUGUCUUUGAUGGCUCGAAGGCAGGGGCGCAGCGGACGCUGAGCAUAGAACAUUCACUGGCAUCAUCAAAGAAUAAGGUUUUAAGAAAUGCUGUACAUGUUGAGGAAGCUGAAGUGGAGAAGUGUGUCAGAGAUGUAAUGAAAGAAAAGAAAAUUGAACAGAAGGAUACAGGGUUUAAGACAAAUCUGCAUAUAUCCUUACUGCAGAUAUCGGGUUAUAAAAAACUUUAUUUGAAUGUGGAAAAUCUGAGGAAGGUCCCGUAUGAUUCGGAUAACGAAGAACAUGAGGAACAGUUAAUUGAGCUUUGGAAUUUGCUGAUGCCUCAUGAGAAUCUGAAGGCCAGGAUCACCAAGCAGUGGUGUGACAUUGGCUUCCAAGGUGAUGAUCCCAAAACAGACUUCAGAGGAAUGGGCCUGCUGGGAUUAGUGAAUCUGGUGUAUUUUAGUAAGCAUUACACCAACGAAGCUCGUCAGAUCCUUUCUCGUUCAAAUCACCCAAAGCUGGGAUAUUCUUAUGCAAUAGUUGGAAUCAAUCUGACAGAAAUGGCAUACAGCUUGCUUAAGAACGGUGCUUUAAAGUCUCAUCUGUACAACAUGGUCUCUGGAUCGCCACAGAUGGACCACUUCCAUCAGUUUUACUGUUAUCUGGUUUAUGAGUUUGAUAAGUUCUGGUUUGAAGAAGAACCAGAAAGCAUUAUGCACUUCAACCAGUACAGAGAGAAAUUCCAUGAAAAAAUUAAGGGACUUCUGCUGCAUUGUGAUGUGAUACUAACCUUACAAAAUACAAAGAAACCUUAACUCCUCUGCAGUCUGUGAGGUUCUGCAUCAAAAAUGGAAUUAUGCAUCGGAUGGAAGUUUUGCAUGUUUCACCAAAAACUGCUUAACAACAGAAUUUAUUUUUUUUUUUUUUUUUUUUUUUUACAUUUAAAAAAAUAAUCAAAAGUCAGUUAAGAAAGCUUGGACAAUCAGCCUCUGUUUACAGGUCUUUAUAUGCUAUUCUCCAAAGGACAGCUUUUUUUUUUUUUUAAAAAUUUGAAACAAAAAACAAGAAACAAACCAACCAACACAAAAAACAACCCACGAAUCUCAAGAGCCUCUGGAUCGCUUGCUUUCACAAUUUCUUUUAUACUUCUUGGUGCAGGAACAUGAAGCGGGUAUUUAUGCCGCAUCGUGUUUUCCAUGAAUAGGUUUUACUGUUAAUUUUUAAAUUAACUGUCUUUUUAAAACUUCUUUUAGUUGAAAUUUCUCUGGUUUUAGACUUUCUGUGUUCUAGUUCUGUAUAUGUAGUUGAUCGUUCACUCAAUGUUAAAUUUCUCUAUAAUGAAGAGGUCCAUGAAGGGGAUGGAUUUAGUUGCUUAUGAUUUUGGAGAAGAGGCUUAAUCCAUCAACAUACUAAUGUACUUACUAGAAACUACUUCUGGCUAAGGAAGUUUUUUUGAAUCUGUGGAUUUGUACCAGCAAUUUCCUAUGCUUGGAAAAAAGCUUAGUUUACUAACAGACAAAAAGAACCACAAAUCAUCAGUGUGAGGAUAAGAUCCUCAGACUAAAGCUACUCCUAAAAAUAUUCCUACUGUAAAAAUUUGCAAUUCUUUCUAACCUAACUUCAUCUGCUCAGGCUGCUUGACUUUGUAUCUGUUGUCAGCCCUUUCUUUUAGCAGCUAAUGGGGCAUUCUAAGUGGGAAGUACAAGUGAGUUAGUUUAGCCCUUUGAUAAAGUUCACUCAUUAAAAACUGCAGUCCCUAUUUUGUGAAAAUAAAUUCACACCUGAGUACAAGUCUCUAACAAAGAUGUAUUUUCCAUGGAAGGGAUGCAGCUACCACAUGUUCCUUAAUCUUGGCGUCCUCAGACAAUCUAGUCAAUAGGACUUCAUGUCUAUAUUGUGACUAAUUAUUGCUUAAAGCAACUUUAAACAGAUUUGGUAUGACCAUCACUUCUUUUUCUAAAACCUACUAUUAAAUAAGUGCCUUCUGCUUUAUUCAAUCAGUGUUUUAGUUUGAUUCUGUAACUAGAUCAUAGCCUUAGAAGCUUGAGUUAUUUAGGAAAGAUUCUUUCGGUAUACACCUAAAUAGCACACAGUGGCACAAAAUUUGUAUGCUAGUAGAAGCUUUCAUGCCUUUUUUUUUUUUUUAAAUCAUCUCAGGUAAAUUAGUUAACUUCUAGACUUGAUGUCCCUGAGUCUCAAACACCUCAGGAUACCAUUUAGGUUUCCCUGUUGGUACAGGGAAGCAGGGAGGGAGCGUUGCUUUCUGUUAACUUUUACUAUGAGAAUGCAGGAGCAACUUCCUGAAGAGUAGGGGGAAAAAAAAAAAAAAAAACAUGAGAAGAAAAAAAACAAACACUAACCCCUUUUUGUAAUGAGUGAUGUUACACUACACAAGUAUUAAAUGUAUUAUUAUAAUAUCUAAUAUUACAUCUCCUUGGAGAUAAUCAAAACCCAACUGGACAUGGUCCUAAGCAGCCUGCUUUAGGUGACCCUGCCUUGGGCAGGGGUUGGGCUCUGAUCUCCAGAGGUGCCUUCCCACCUCUGUAGUUCUGCAAGUCUGCAUUGCGUACCUAGCGACUUCUUGCACUGCAUCCACCCAGUUGCUUUUGAUCCCUUAAAUGUUGGUGAUCUCUCAUUUGUGAGAAAGCUUCUGAUCAGGGUAGGCAGUAUGUAUGUAGGAGGUAGUGCACUUCUCUUUUCUCUUUAUGAUACUUCAGAUGUAGACAAGAAUUAAACAUGUGCAGGCUGGAGAAGGGUUUGUCUCAUCUGUGUUGUGUUGACGCUAGUCUACUAAAAAAAGAGUAAUGUGAAGGUGUUUGUAGGGAGAGUAUUUACGGUUAUGCAGUGGCUCGCGAGCUGAACCAACUAGAUUAGAUACAAAACUGACCAGAGGAAGCCUAGUUCUUUUGCUGCUCCCAGGUACUUGGGUCCUGUAAUUCUCACCACUGAAAAAGCUGAGAUCCUAUGGAAAGUGUUCUGGGAUUCAGGUCCUAUGGCGGAGCUCCAUUUCUCUGACCUUUGUAGAUACUGGACAUGCCUAAAAUCUGAGGAAGUGGAAAGAGGACUCUUUCCCAGUGGCUGAGAGGUUAGUUGUCUGUUACUUUCUAGCCCCAGCUUCUGUAAUGUUUUUCUUCAUUAAUAAUUUUUGCUAUUGCUUAUAGAUCUCCUUUGCAAGCAACCAGAGACUGACUUUUUGAAUUUCAGAAGUAACCCCAAUAUGUUUAGCAGCAGCAGGAAAGGAGAUCCCAUUCUUAUUUUCAUCUACUGCUUGCUAGCAAGUCACAAAAUUGCUUGAGCCAUCCCUCUCAACGCUCCCUUGCGCUAGAGUCUACGCCUUGCCAGCCUUGAAACUUUCGCUCAGCUCCUUGUUCACGAGGAGACUGACAUUUGGCUACUGCUGAGGCUUUUAAAGCCCAACCAUCAAGUUUCAGAUUUCCUAUUACACACCUAAGACAUUUUAUUGUAGAAUGUAGAUUGAGCCUGAUGAAGAGGCAUCUUCAUUAGCUUUUUUUUUUU